AUGGCCUACGAGGAUGCGGGUGGCUGGGUGGAUGCCCGCCGCAGCUUCAAGGGCACCUACAGCGCCUGGCUCACGAAGGUAAAAGGUGAUGGGGCAAAGGCGCGUUGGUUCUCGAGCACGACAAAGAGAUAUUUCACGAUCGACUUCAAUGCGCAGCUUUUUUUCUAUGCGCAUUCGGAAAGUGACAAGACUGUCUCUCAUCCAAUUCGCUUCAAGGACAUCGUAGCAGCGGACCAGCUGCCGAUCUCCGAUUCGAAAA